UCUACAAUACGCCCACUGAGGCUGGAGUAUGAUUGCUUCAUCCAUAUACAUGUGUUACAAGAUGCGUGCUCAAACCAUGACGCUAAACUUUCGGGGCUCAGCAAUGUCACGGUCAAGUACGACGCAGCAUUGCAUGGCUUGCUACGAGGAUCUUGCGAACCUGGAUUGAAUCCGGACACCUGGCAGUCGACGACGCCGAUAUGUCAUGCGCCGUGCAGCGUGUCUUUGGUUCAAGUCGCACCGACCCGUCACAACGGCCCUAGCUUGUCAAGCUAGUAGCAUCACUCCGACCAGAACGGCGGUCGCUCCUUUACCAUGCCUUUUCCCCUGGCAGGUUGGUGAUGCACGUUUAGCAACGUCUGAUCAUCGGCCGUGUUCAUCGACGGCUCAGAGAUCCGGGCCAACGGGCAGGCUCGCGGGUCCUGGAGGCCUCAUUGCGUCUGCAUGUCCUUCUGUGCUUGACAGCGCCGAUCCACGAUUCAGCCCGAUGUCUUGGACAAAUCGAUCGCCUUGUCCCUCUUGGGAGUCCUGGGCGAGUAACGUCAGAUGGGAGGAUCCCAGAUUGCAUUGCCUCGCUCAACUCUGAUCUACCAAACGAUCGGUACGUUGGCAGCAGACGUGAGCGCACUGCGAUGGCAAGCACGGUACUCCUGCUAUUG